GUAGACAGACUGCACCACAAUUCUGAAUGCCUCCUAAUGCAACUUGACAAGCACAGGGGAGGCUGGAUGUGGCUGGAUAUUGCACACAGACCCAGAUCAGACACAACCUCUGAAAAAAACACCUGCCACAGCACUGUCAACUGGCUAUACAGGCCUAGUUUUACUGUAAUUCAAAGUGACUUGCAAACAGGGAGCUUAAACGUAUUACAGAAUACAUGGCAUGGAUUCUACUUGUUUUGCAGUAAUGUUGCUCCACAAGCACCCCAUCUAAUUAUUAUAUAUGCAAAUCUAUAUACAUGUUGCAUAUGAUCUGGUGGUGGAAAGCAUGCUGGGCUAGGCCACGUCAAAUGCUCCUAAAUGCAAUUUUAUUGUCUUUAUUUUUGCACGGGUGCCAUUAGCCGCCGCUGGCAGGGUGCUGGCUUGGAGUUCUAUAGUCUUUCAGAGACAGCGAGCUGGAGGCUCUGUCCAGUGGGAGGGAUAGAGCCAGGCAGCGCUGAACCGCUCUUCUCGCUGUGAUUUUCCCAUCUUGAUCUACAGCAGCUCGACUGAAAUUAACGUAGCAACCGAGGACCUUUCUGACGCAUGGAUCUCAUCCUUAAAGAUGGCACAUCUGAUACACAGUGUGAUUUUCUUUUAAGGGGAAUGAAAUCGUAACAAACCCAGGGAUAUAAAGCUUUCUGCAAACGGAGAGCACAGAAGUCGUGGAGAGACACAGGGGUGCGAGGAUGGGCUCUGUGGGAGCUGAGAGACGGAAGAGGGGCACGCCUGCCUUGACUCCAGAUGAAAACGUGGUGAUGAGUUUCAGCUUCGAGAGCUACCAGCUGGAGGAGGAGGACAGCAUGGCUAAAGACAUCACUGACAAGGGGGUCCUCACCUUCACCGAACCCGCGUUUGAAGACCCUGAGCCGGAGGACAGGUACCACGGGAUCUACUUUGCAAUGCUUCUCGCCGGGGUGGGGUUCCUGCUCCCAUAUAAUAGCUUUAUUACUGACGUAGACUACUUGCAUCAUAAAUUCCAAGGAACUUCUAUCGUAUUUGAUAUGAGUCUCACUUAUAUCCUGGUGGCCCUGGUGGCUGUGAUACUGAACAAUGUCUUGGUGGAGAUGCUAAGCCUGCACACCAGAAUAACUGUAGGUUAUCUCUUUGCCGUCGGGCCACUCCUGUUUGUAAGUUUCUUUGACGUUUGGUUGGAGAAGUUCACGGUGAAGCAGGCCUACGCAAUUAACCUGGUGGCGGUGGGGGUGGUGGCCUUUGGAUGCACAGUUCAGCAGUCCAGUUUCUAUGGCUACACAGGGAUGCUGCCCAAGCGUUACACACAAGGCGUGAUGACUGGCGAGAGCACUGCUGGGGUGAUUAUAUCCCUGAGCCGCAUCUUCACGAAGCUGCUGAUCUCCGAUGAGAAGAUAAACACCAUGACCUUCUUCUGCAUCUCAAUCGCUAUCGAGCUCUUGUGCUUCAUACUCCACCUGCUGGUGAGGAGGACCCAUUUCGUGGACUACUACACCAGUCGCUCUAAACAAGGGAUUGCAGAAGUCAGGGGUCACACAGACCCAGGGACAGGCUACCGAGUCCACCAUGACAUCAUUACAGAGGAAGUAAGAUUUGAGAACGGUCCGGUAGGAAUCUCGCCCACCGAUGUCGGAAAGGAGGUGGAUCUGUCCGGCACCGGCUCGUACGUGAGAUUCGAUGUUCCCAGGCCGAAAAUAAAGAGGAGCUGGCCUAGUUUCAGGGACAUGGUCCUGCACCGUUACAUUGUGGCCCGUGUUAUUUGGGCCUACAUGCUCUCCAUAGGGGUGACCUACUUCAUCACACUCUGCCUGUUUCCUGGCCUUGAAUCCGAGAUCCGGAAUGACACUCUGGGGGAGUGGCUGCCCAUCCUGAUCAUGGCCAUUUUCAACAUGUCGGACUUUGUCGGCAAGAUCCUGGCAGCUUUGCCCUACGACUGGAAUGGGACCCGUCUGCUCCUGUGCUCCUGUGUACGAGUGGUCUUCAUCCCCCUCUUCAUCAUGUGUGUGUACCCCAACGGGAAGCCAGCCCUCAGCCACCCGGCCUGGCCCUGCAUCUUCUCUCUCCUCAUGGGCAUCAGCAAUGGAUACUUUGGGAGUGUGCCUAUGAUACUGGCAGCUGGGAAGGUCAGCCCAGAGCAGCGAGAGCUGGCAGGCAACACCAUGACGGUCUCCUACAUGACUGGUCUGAUGCUGGGAUCUGCCAUUGCUUAUGCUGCCUACAGCCUCACCAGCACUGCGAACGGCAGCUGCUUCCACACUGAAACCAUCAAUGGCUCUUUCACCUCAGGAUACUGAGUGUACAGAACAUCCCUACCCUGAUAACAUCAGUCAUUACGUUAACAUUGAGGGCGACCGCAGUCUGUUACUAGGACUGAGAAGUACAAAGGCUAGUGUAGAUAAUAUUAAACCCAACUCCCCACAGAAGGUUGGUUCAGAACUACUCUGACCAGCUGGCAUUUGGCUGGUUUGAAACCAAUGGAAAAAAAAAAAAAAGAGACAAAUUUAGUUCUGCUUGUGCUUUGCUGUGCUCCCAUUGCCUGGCCUUGUUGUUAUAGUACGUGGUGAUGUCAUUCUCCAUUUCAUGCUGCUGGAAGCCAGGAAGUCAUGUGUAGUGUGUGUGUGUGUGUGCGUAGUGACAUUACCACUACAAUGGUGCGUCAUGCUGCUUUGCUGUUUUGAUUUUAGGUUUUGGAUCCUAGUCAGAGGUUUUGUGUGGGUAAUUCAAGAACUGCGAAAGCUAGCAGUGUGCUCUAGGAAUAAGCAACAGAAGAUCAGAUUGAAAGCUGAUCAGCCAAAUAGAAAAUGAACUGUUUGCACCAGCAGCAACCAUUUUGUUUCUGGAGACUCCAAAUCUACAGCAGACCUCCUGAGUUAAAGCAAAUGGGCAAAAAUAAAUCCUCAAACACCCUCAUGCCAAUGUGAAUUGAAUAUUGUGGUUUUCCCUAUCUGAGACACAGUGAAAAUGAUCAUACCCAUUUUGCAUGCAGUUUGCAAGGGGAAAAAAAAAAAAAAAUUGGGAACUGGUACAUGUUGUGAAACACAGAGCUAAAUGGAGGGCAUUAAAAAGACACAAACAAUACCAGACCUCCAAAUAUUUGUUAUACAUUUCCCUGCUUUCUUCAGCAACGGAAACUAUUGAAACUAUGAAAGAAAUGCAUUUUAAACUGAAGACGAUAAAAAAUGAAAGACCAGGUCGGGUUUGGGUACUUACAAUACACCAGUACCCAUGUAUCCUGGUACCCAAGUCUGCCUCUACACUUUACACAAUGAUUGUGUGAGUCAUCAUUAAUCCAGUCAGACUUUUACCAGUUACUGCACUAUUCAGAUUGGAUACUGUACAGUGCUGUGCAGCAUGCCUUUCAAGGCUGGCUGGCAGUGGAUGAGAUAUUUUGAAACCAGCAGCAAUUUUAACAUCCCGUGAAAGUAAAGAUCUUGUGGUGCGGCAUUUAGAAACUGAGCCGCCAUCCUUGUUCGUGGUGUUUUAUUCCCCUUUCAAAUACACUAGCACAUUGUGUCAGUCUCCAUGCCUGUCAUAAACUUUCCUUGCGAUGUUAUAACGUCUGGAUUGUGCGGGCUGAAAAGACAGUGUCCACGUUUCUUUGUAAAAUUUGGAAGUAAGAGUGCUGCUGGUCUU